CUCUCAGUGGGCCCGCCCUCGGCUAGCUCCUGUCCGCGAGCCGGUGUAGCUCCCUCCCUCCCCGGCUGCCCCAGACACAUCUUCCACGGCCUUCCACCGCGAGGGACAUGGCGAGGCUCAGCUGGGGAUACGGCGAGCACAACGGUCCUAUUCAUUGGAAUAAAUUUUUCCCCAUUGCUGAUGGUGAUCAGCAAUCUCCAAUUGAGAUUAAAACCAAAGAAGCGAAAUAUGAUUCCUCACUUCGGCCUCUGAGUAUCAAGUAUGACCCCACUUCAGCUAAAAUCAUCAGCAACAGUGGCCAUUCCUUCAGCGUUGACUUUGAUGACACAGAGGACAAAUCAGUUCUGCGUGGGGGUCCUCUCAACGGCAAGUAUAGGUUACGACAGUUCCAUCUUCACUGGGGGUCCAACGAUGAUCAUGGCUCAGAGCAUGUGGUGGAUGGAGUGAGGUAUGCUGCAGAGCUUCAUGUUGUCCAUUGGAAUUCAGACAAAUACCCCAGCUUUGUAGAGGCAGCUCAUGAGCCAGAUGGAUUAGCUGUACUGGGAGUGUUUUUAAAGAACGGUGAACACAACACCCAGCUACAAAAGAUUACUGACAUUUUGGAUUCCAUUAAAGAAAAGGGUAAGCAAACUCGAUUCACAAAUUUUGACCCAUUGUCUCUACUUCCAUCCUCCUGGGACUACUGGACAUAUGCUGGUUCUCUGACAGUUCCACCUCUUCUUGAAAGUGUCACGUGGAUUGUUUUAAAACAACCAAUAAACAUCAGCUCUCAACAGGCUUGUCCAAUUGCCUGGCUUCUUAUUUUCUACCUACUCCCGUCACAAUACAAUGGGAUCACCUUUCCCAAGGUCAUUUCAGGCGACAGUUGCCCUUGGGGUGAACACAUCCAAUUUUCUGUUGGGCAUUUCUUCUCACUGACCUUGUCUUUAGCUUACAGGCAAAUAAUACCUUGCUUCAUAGUCAUUAAAACAUUUAAUGAAAGCCUGGCACUCCGAACUUCACCGAUAAGAGGACACAAUUUUUUUCCAUCAUAUUGUGAGAAAAAUGAUCUGCUAUUCAUCCACUGGCCUUAUUAAUGGGGUUUAUUUCUGCUAAAAUGUUUACUCUUAUAUUCUUUCAUUAAGUUUCCAAGCUUAAUAUAUAAUGUGUGAAUUAUAACAACAAAGUUGU